GUAUUUCCUGAGAAGCAGUCUGCGGACUACCUCUCCAGUCCAGUCCCUGGCUAGAGGUGUAUUUUUUAAAACAAUUUGUUUGUUUUCUCGAUUCCGCCGAUUUGAAGCGUUCCAGCAUGUGUCCGUAACUAUGUUGGCUUAUCGGUCCAAAGGUGGCUCAGACGAACCGGGUCUCAGUGAUGCCUUAGCGUCGCGUUACGUGCGACAGAGCAAGCAAACCUAUCGCAAAGUUUCCCUGUUGUACAGUAGAUGAGUGCGCGUGGACUUCAGUAUAGUCCAGCACGUCAGGACACUUGAGUCUGUCCUCCUGACAACACUAACUUACUCUGAGUUCAGCUUUGUUUGGGGCUCAGUCAGACACAGAGGACUUUCCGUCGUGUCCGUGGAUUUACUUGGUGUCUGAGGAAACGGAAGAUUAGCAGCUGAUGCCAUUGAGGUGAUUCCUAAACUGUUCCAAGUCCAUCUCUCUUCCUCGGCUCUGUCUCUACAUGUGCCCAGGGCAGCACGGAUAUAGCAGAGGGCCGUUGUGUUGACUGACUUGGUGACUUCAGAAACUCCUGCCUUUGUUCCCUCCAUUGUGUCUGAUGGAUCUCAGGCUUGCCUCAUUGACACUCGGGACACUGCUGAUUCUCGUGACCUCUGGGCCUCGGCCAUCCAUUGGACAGAAGGUUUACACCAACACAUGGGCCGUCCACAUCAUCGGGGGAGAGCAGGAAGCUAACCGGAUCGCUAAAAAGCAUGGCUUUGUAAACCACGGGAAGGUAUUUGGAGAUUAUUAUCACUUCAGGCACCGCAGGGUUGUGAAGAGGUCUCUAUCAGAGCACAGAGGAACGCACAUUCAUCUGCACACAGAACCUCAGGUGAUGUGGGCGGAACAGCAGGUGGUGAAGCAAAGAAAGAAGAGGGAUAUUUACUAUGAGCCGACCGAUCCAAAGUUUGCACAGCAGUGGUACUUGUACAACGAAGAUCAUCGUGACCUCAACGUGAAGGAAGCCUGGAAGCAGGGUUUCACUGGGCAAGGUGUCGUCGUGUCCAUAUUAGAUGAUGGAAUUGAAAAAAACCACCCAGAUCUGAUUCAGAACUAUGAUCCAGAUGCUAGCUAUGAUGUUAAUGAUGGCGACCCAGACCCUCAACCUCGAUACACCCAACUCAAUGAUAACAGACAUGGGACACGUUGUGCUGGAGAGGUUGCUGCUGUUGCCAACAAUGACAUCUGUGGUGUCGGAGUGGCCUAUAAUGCAAAGAUCGGAGGUGUGCGCAUGUUGGAUGGAGAGGUCACUGAUGUGGUGGAAGCUCAGUCCCUCGGUCUCAACCCACAGCACAUUGACAUCUACAGCGCCAGCUGGGGACCCGAAGACGAUGGCAAAACAGUGGAUGGACCUGCAAAGCUGGCCAAAGAGGCUUUCCUACGCGGCGUGAUGGAGGGCCGUGGAGGACGGGGCUCCAUCUUUGUGUGGGCUUCGGGGAAUGGUGGCCGAGAGAAGGACAGCUGCAACUGUGAUGGCUACACCAAUAGCAUCUACACGCUGUCGAUCAGCAGCAGCACGCAGAACGGCAACGUGCCCUGGUACAGCGAGGCCUGUUCGUCCACCCUCGCCACAACCUACAGCAGUGGAGGCCUCAAUGAGAAACAGAUUGUCACUACAGACCUCAGACAGAAGUGCACAGACUCUCACACAGGCACUUCUGCCUCGGCCCCUCUGGCGGCAGGAAUCAUCGCCCUCGCCCUUGAGGCCAAUAAAAACUUGACCUGGAGAGACAUGCAGCAUCUGGUUGUGAGGACGUCCAACCCUGCCCACCUCGCCACCAAUGAUUGGAAGAUAAAUGGAGUGGGUCGCAGAGUAAGCCAUUCUUAUGGAUAUGGUCUGCUGGAUGCUGGGGCCAUAGUGGCUCUGGCAAAGAACUGGACGAAUGUUGGACCUCAGCGGAAAUGUGUCCUUUCCCUGGUGUCUGAGCCCAGGAAUAUUGGGAGUCAUUUGGUGAUCAAGAUGAAUGUGGAUGCAUGUGCUGGGACGGACAACUUUGUGAGCUCAUUAGAACAUGCUCAAGCCCGGCUCACCCUGUCCUACAACCGCAGAGGAAACCUGGCCAUCUACCUGAUCAGCCCACAGGGCACCCGCUCCACGCUGCUUGCACCCAGACCUCACGAUUACUCCUCUGAGGGCUUCAGUGACUGGGCUUUCAUGACCACCCACUCCUGGGACGAGGACCCUCGUGGAGAAUGGAUGUUGGAGAUCGAGAACGUGGCUGGGAUCAGCGACUAUGGCACUCUGACUCAGUUCACGCUGGUUCUCUAUGGCACAGCUUCUAGUUUAUCCGGCCCUUCAGCAGCAGACUCCAGCAGCUGCAAAACAUACGACCUCAACCAGAUCUGCACAGAGUGCAACCCCGGCUUCUACUUGUACCAGACGGGCUGCGUGAGAGACUGUCCAGAAGGUUUCACCGCAGGCACCCGUUCAACCUUCCUCCCCAACAACGAGGUGAUGUCCGUCUUCCGUCCCGCCUGCCUGCCCUGUCAUCCCGUCUGCCUCAGCUGCAGCAGCACAGGGCCUCAGAACUGCCUCUCCUGCCCACCUAACAGGCACCUGGACGUCGUCUCUCGCACCUGUCUGCACCCCAACCAGAUCCAUCGGGAGUCUCCAGACGGCAGACUGUUUCAGGUGCAAGACGACAUCUCGUCCAUCAAACUGCCUGUGACCCUGGCUGUGCUCAGCUGUGCCUUCAUCGUGGCUAUGUUUGUGGCCGUGUUCAGCGUCCUGCAGAUGCACACGCGCAUGCAGAACAAACUGCUCUCUGCUGAAGCGGGGGUUGGACCCGGCUUACUGGCCGGGUUCGGUUUCAAACGCACCGCAGUUGCCUACAAGGGCAUCCCGAGCGUUUGGCGGGAGGAUGAAGGCAAUUCCGAGUCUGAAAACGAGGAAUUCGAGAUCCGCAAUGAGAGGACUGCCUUCAUCAAAACACAAAGUGCUCUUUAACCCCUUCUUGCCCAUGUUCCUCCCCUCUCUAGCCUCUACUGCAUUGUUGUCUGUUUUUGUGUGCGUGUGUGUUUUCCUUCUGGGUUAGUCUGAACAUAUCUCACAUCUGGGGCUUUUGGUUUGUUUUUCGCACCUGUCGUAGUUAUAAGCCAUGCAUUCACCUGGGUGUUGACUUCUUGGUGCCUCAACAUGGAAAGCUUCCAGACACGAACGAUGGGGACGAGUCUAUUGUCGCAGGGCCGUCCUGAAGUUACAAUAAACAUGAUUAUUGUUUGGUCUCUUCCUCUUGCCUACUGAGAUUUUGAGAAGAUUUAUUUGCAUAUAAG